CUGCAAGUCUCUCUGUAGAGCGAAAGGUAAAAAGGGAACGAAGCUACAUCAAGACGAGAUUUCUAGUCUCCAAAGUUCAGAUCUCCCUUUUCUUAGUCUCGAUCAUCGCUACCUCCCAAUAUGAGGAUUCGCAAGUAUGCCCAGAAGUACCAGCUUUGUUGUAUUCCUUCCCAGAUCCCUUCACCCAACAACCUAUGCCCAAGAGAGAGCCCCUCGACGAUUGUGUGUGAGCUCAACUGCGCUCCAUGGGAUGUGAUUUUCUUCACUACCGAGGAAGGGAUGGGGGAUCCUAUUGGAGGAGAAAUAGCUGACGCAGCACAAAGUAUCCUUUCAUUGAAUGGAUCCAAUGGGAUAGAUAAUUGUAAUCUAUCGCCUCCGAUUACCGAUUCAAUCUUAGGAAAGGAAAGUAAAAAUGAGGUUGAAGAAAUGAACUCCUCUGAGUUGAGGAAGGAAAGGAUGAGCUUGACAUGUUGUAGUAAGACUGAUGGGAAGGGAUGGAAAUGCAAGAAAGAAGCUAAACAAGGGCAUUCAUUGUGCGAGCACCACCUUGAACAGCUAAAGUCUUACUAUAUCAGAAACAAGAGCAGCACCCCCAGUAGCUCUGUCUCUGGUCGUGGAAAGAGGUCUUAUUCGACGAACUCAAAGAUGCCCUCCUCCGACUACUAUUACUACACGGGGUUUGGUCCUUUAUGGGGAAAGGGAAGAGGAGAAGCUAAGAGUAAGCAAGAUAUAGAACUCGAUUCUAGUGAUUCUUCUACUACUCCAUCACUAUUAUCAACCCAUAAUGAAGACAAUAGUGAUGUAAACAAAAAUGUUGGAAACAAGAAAAAGAAGAGAGAUCGAAAGCUUGUGAUGACAUGAUAUCUCAAGUCAUUGCUUUAGUAGUUUGGUUCAUCUUCUUCUCUGUAUAGGAUUUGUGGAUGUUAUGUUUUAUUACUAGUUGAAAUUUAAUUUGCGAUUAUGUGUAA